AUGUUUUGGAUAUAAGUUGGAUUGGCAUGGGCCGCUGGAUGAUGCAUUGCUGUGAAUUCUUCCUUUCUUUCGUAACGUCACCUCCCCCAGAUUAAGGGGAGCUUACAACGAUGGUUUUUCUUUGUUUCUGCAUGUUGAUGGAGAUAUUUUUAUUGUUUGGGACAGGCACAUCUCUUCUAUCUCGGAAGCACGGAGUAUACGACAGGACCGGUUGGGAGGGAGCAUUUGGGUGUACAUUUGUAAUUAUAGCAGCUCGACGAGGACAUGCAUAUACGACGGCUGUUGCUAGACUGAUACCCUGCGUUGCAGUGGCUGUCCUGAUCUGGAUCAGAGUCUCAAGAGUCUCUGUUAGUUGUCUUUCCCCGGAUUGCUGGGUGUUCUUGGCACCCUCGGGAUUCAUCUUCCGACGCAGUGCCGCUGCAUCCCAUCCUCUCCCCCACAAUCAUUCUUUUCUUUUCUUCUGCAUCCUCUUCUGGAGUCUGUACGAGUCAGCCAAGCGAGCAUUCUCCACUGACUGCGUCUUCCUUUGGCUGUGCGCGUGACCUGCUGUGUUCGGAAUUUAACGUGGGAGUGGAUCCGGGACUGCACCUCCGUCCCAGAUAUAUAUUUAUUGAACUCUCCCAUGC